GCUUCAGCCGGCCGGGCGUCCAUCGACGCACAAGCACUAUCGAACCCUGCAGGCUGGACGACAAGCGUCCGGACAAACCUCCCUGUGUGGCCUUCUGGCUUCCUCUCACAUUUCCUCUCGCAGUCCUAAAACAUGUAUCUUGGGUUGAUUAAAGACUUGGGCUGGGGGCCAAAUUCAGCAAACAAACAAGCAGUUUACCAGUUUGGACAUCAAAUAUUUCGUCUUAUCUUUGUUGUGGAUUUAGGCCUAUGGCCCAUAGGUUGUUCGGUUUUUAUUAAUGUUGUACACAAUGUCCCAAAUGUCAUUGGAAGUGGCGUUGGCAGGUUUAUUCUAAUGACAAAAUACAUUCUACCACAUAUGCAACAUAUUCCAUCCACGUGAAGGUGACAUGAAUUUUUGUAAUUACUUUCCACCCCACACCCAUCACAGCAGCGGAGCACGCCAGCAUUCUCGCUAGGUCACCUCACGUCUGCUCUUUAGCCAACGUCAGCGCCUCAAAUGUUACAAGUAUGGCUGAGAGGAGGCAGCCGCAAUAGUCUAGUCCUCUUGUGGGCUCAAACUGGUGUAUGUUGAGUUGAUACAAAAGAGUACGGUGGAAAUCUCAGUAUUUUACUCCAGGAAGAGCGGAAAAACAAGUUCAAGUCCACUUACAGGUUUAAAAAAAAACAAAAAAAAAACUUGUGAAAUAGUAAAGAGGAGUGAGUUGGUCACUCUGUAAUCCCCAUCCUAGUAAAUACUGUUUGUUCAAAAUACAUGUUCAUCGGUCAUAAUAUUAGAACCAUCUCUAUUAUAGACAGGACACUGGGUAAUUAGAUAUAAUUUAAAAUUUUCCCAAAUAACUUUUUGUCAUUGUGACCUGAUAGUAGCCCAUGAUAUAAACCGGCGGUGGUCAACCAAUCAGAGAUCAAGAGCCACGUUUUUUACUGUUACUGCAAAGAGCCACACCAUACAUGUGAACAUCAUUCCCGCGUUACACACGUACCUUUGCUCAGACAGAUUUGUUGUAAACGGCACACACCAACAUGAUAACAACAAAAAUUGACUGUUUACAGCCAACUUCAUUCUCUGCCAAUCAAAGCAACUCCUCUCAUUCCCUUUAAAUGUGGUAAAAUGGCAGUCUCGAUGGAAGGAUCUCUAUGUGGAAGAGAACGAUGCGCAACUCCUGCGAGGCAUGCAAGAGGGGAGCACUCUGCCGGUGUGACACUAGUUUCAAGGAUGAUACACUUGAGACCCCGUACAUGGUUGCUGUUUGGAAGUCUAAGUGUGCUUAUCAUCCAUCUGCUUAUAGAUUUGAUUGACCGUAAGAACAUUCACUUCCAAGCAGUCAUGGGAGAGCAUCACAAUACAGUAGUGGAGACCGCCAACAAAACCUUAUCCUUCACCUGGCCAAGGGAAGCUUGUCACCAAAACAUGUCUGUCGCCAACAUCUCAGGCUUUGCUGCUCUCCCUGGUGGUAUUAAAGACUUUCUGUACUAUCGCCACUGCCGGCAAUUCCCUAUGCUGCUGGACCUUCCUCAAAAAUGUGGCGGAGCCGAUCAAUCAAGCGAUGUUUUCCUACUACUGGUCAUUAAAAGCUCUCCCGCAAACUACGAUCGCCGGGAGGUGCUGCGCAAGACGUGGGCUGAGGAGCGAUUACAUAACGGGGUCUGGAUCAGACGAGUUUUUCUUUCGGGUACGACGAAUCACGGUUUUGAGAAGAUGAGGCUCAACAAGCUCCUUCAAAUAGAGCAGCACGAGUACAAAGACAUCCUCCAGUGGGACUUCGCUGACUCCUUCUACAACCUCACCUUGAAACAAGUGCUUUUCCUGGAGUGGAUGGAAAGAAACUGUCCGAACGCUCGCUUCUUGUUAAAUGGUGACGAUGACGUUUUUGCCAACACUGACAAUAUGGUGGAAUUCCUCCAGAGCCUUCAAGACAACGACGGGAGCAAACAUCUCUUCACUGGUCACCUGAUCCAGAAUGUAGGGCCCAUUAGGUUACCCGAGAGCAAGUAUUACAUUCCGGUUCAAGUGCAGGAGUCGGACUCCUAUCCACCGUAUUGUGGGGGCGGGGGCUUCCUGCUGUCAGGCUACACAGCUUCAGUCAUAUACAAGAUGUCCCGAUCCAUUACCAUUCUUCCCAUAGAUGAUGUUUACAUGGGAAUGUGCCUUGCUAAGGCAGGGAUCGGCCCAAGUUCCCAUAUGGGAGUGAAGACAGCGGGACUGUACAUCCCUGCCAGCAAUCUCGACGGAUACGACCCUUGCUACUAUAAGGAAAUGCUGCUGGUCCACCGAUUCCUUCCGGCCCAGAUGUACCUCAUGUGGCACAGAAUACAUGACCAUGCUCACAAAUGUGGUCCAUCUGGGGAAAAAACACCUGCAGUAAUUCACAAAUGAAUUUCUGAUGAAAAGAUGUGACUUGCUACUCUCGUUGACAUGGGGAGCCUGUGUGGUCCUGCAUGCCUUCACGUGGACGGUUUGGGCAGAGCUUUGCACUCAGCUGGUGAGGAUGACUGUCAACAACAUGGCCAGGGGAGUCAGCCGCCGCCACUUCCCUGGGCUUACGUGGACGAGCAGCUGUCGUUUCACGAGAAGGAAUCAGGUCAACUUGUUCUUAAGAGAAAAGUUGAACACUUGUUUAAAUUCAGUUUUUGUCCAACAGCGUAAGUGUGAAUUGCUGCUCAAUGAAAAGCCUUAGGUCAAAAACCAAGAAAGACAAUAUGUGUAUGUGAAAUGUCAAAUUGUUUAUUUAAAUUGGAAAAAAAUAACUUAUUUAUAAUAAUGACUAAAUCAUUCAAUAAAUCAGUAAAUAUAUUUUAACCACCCAUUAUUAGGUGAAAAAAAUAUUACAUGGCUGAUAUAAAUGCUCGGUGGCCAAGAUUAAAACAUAGAGCAAGUUUUGGGCCACUGGCCAUAAUUUGCUCCCCUCUUCUCAAGGUCGUACAAGUCAAAGUUCAUAUAUAAACAAAAAAAAAAGUAAUGCACUUGAAAUGUUGUAUUUUGUCACAAAUGUGCACCCCCGCCAUCAUUGUGGAUUUUUUUUUUUGUAAUAUAUACGAAAAAAAUGUUAACAUGCUGUAUAAGGGUGACAUUCUACAUUCUACAUCAUCCAUCCGGCCUGCCAUCCAUUUACUCGGACGCUUGUCCUCAUUAGGGCAUCUUGAGCUGGACAAAAUCCCAGAUGAGAGAGAAGCAGGCCACCACCCGUUUUAAUGGCUCCCAAUCAUUCUCAGCCAUACUGGUUUUGACAUUUUUUUGCACUCCAAAAGACAAGCCAGUUUUCUUUCAGCUCCUCCAUCUGAAACAUCUUCCACACACAAGAAAGAAAUUGCGAAAGUGCGAUCUUAUAAUCAAUAGCUCAUUGGGGUGGGGGGCCAUCAUUUAUUUGUUCCACGAAACUUUAGACUGGCGGUCGUUAUUGGCUACUCAUUGAAGAACAAAUAUGUUUGUCUUCAGUUUGCAGUUCUUAUCAUCAGCACUUUAUCCGACACCGGGGGCUGAGGUUCAGAGUGAGCAUGUUUAUAAUUGAAUUGUCUAAUCAACCAUUAACUUAUCUGCAGUUCAAUCAAAGUGGAUGCAAAAGCAACAUCAGUAUUUCCCAAUUCCACAUUUAUUAUUAUUGUCACCACGACACUAAAAGUUGCCUGAAAUUACAGUGGUAAAAUUCGUGAAAUGUUUUGGUUUAUCAUUAAUACAAGAAAUAUUCAACUAGGGUAAAUGUUACCAUUGGGUGUGGUGCAAAUAUGAGGAAUUGCGAGAAGGGUUAAUCUUUUAUUUGGAAUAUGCUCUGGACUAGAAAGGUUUUAUAUUGUUAGAGCAAAUUAUUAUUCAUUGCACAGCAUGGUAGAGUGCUUGGGUUCCUUUUUUUAUAUUUUAUUUUUUUGCUGACAAUGCAAGGUUUUCUUUGUGUAUCAUUGUUCUAAACUGAAUGUCCACGCGCUGAACAUCUAUCAUCAUAGCUCUCGAGUUGUUUUGAUAUAUCAACAUAUUUGAAGUCACUUCUGUGUAUAUUUAUGUAUUGGUACUGAUGUUUAUAAUUUUAAGUUAACUGUAAUGAAUGGUUUUGUAAUAUGUUGGAUGUUGUCUCAGGGUUUCUAAGCUUAUAUGAUGAUUUUACUGAUUUAUGCUGAUGAGGUUCAUAACGUUCUUGACUGAGAUUCUCAAUGGAAACAAUGUUGUACUUUUGUGAAAUUAGUGUCGACUUUUUUUCCCCUCCCAUUUUCUGUUGCCUUUCAUUAGGAUUCUGCAGGGAGAAGUCACUGUUGCACUGUUCAUCUGGCAUUACUUUUGCUCUGUAAAUGUGCUUAAGUCUGUUCAUUAUUAAAAACCAAUAUCUAAAUGCCUUAUAUAUAUAUAUAUAUAUAUGGCUUUUAUAUUAUAUUGUGUAUUUCACAUUUCCACAAUCUACAGUAGAGUUAAAAAAAAGGAAUCUGACGUGAAGGACUGUUCAGAACAUUUCGGAAAAAUGUGUAAAUUAGUUCAAAAGAGGACAUCGGUGAGUUCAUUAAACUGGGGGGAAAAAAACUUAUGAGUGGAAAAAAAGUGUGAUUGUUUAAGUCAUGAUGUCCAAAUACUUUUAAGCCACUGAAGACAGAGGCAGUCUUUUAAUGUUUAAGUAUUAUAUUUUUGGGCUGACAGGGUUGAAAGAAAUGCUGAAGUCUGUCUUAUCGCUUCAUCUAUCAGUCUGCCCGACUGCUGCUUUCUCGCAAUUAACAUGUUAAGACAUUGAAGGCUUACAAGUGAUUAAAACUGAACUUUUAAAACUAUUAUU